AAGAACGAAGAGUCAAGUCAAGUAUGUAAUGUAACCAAACACAGAGGGAGAGAGAGAGAGAGAGAGAGAAAGAGGACCAUAAAAAUCAUUUUAAUCAAAACAAAAUCAAAAAAGAAAGAAAUUAAUCUAUCAACAUGGAAUUUGUUCAAAUUGAGAGCGAGAUGGAAUAUUAUUAUUAUUAUUACUACUGUUCUUUUUGUGUUGCUAUUAAUUCCAUUUUAUUAUUCUUAUUAUUAUUAAUCUCUCUCUAUUUUGGUAUUAGAAUUCCCAAUCACACCUGUCUCUAUAUUAUUAAUCUAUUGAAAUUUCUCUCGCCUUUAGAUUUGUUAUUUCCUCUCAAGAUAGGAGGAGGAGGAGAUUUUGUGUUUUGAGGAGCCCUAGUUUUUUAGCCGGAGGCUAGUGGUGUUUGAUCUGGAAUGGACCCCGAUUCUGAGGAAGAGAUCAACAGGAACGUCAAUCAGAGCCCGCCAGAUGGCCCCAAGCGGCCUAAGCGUCAGAUGAAGACUCCGUUUCAAUUGGAAGUUCUCGAGAAAACCUAUGCAAUGGAGAUGUAUCCAUCCGAGGCAACACGAGAAGGGCUAUCAGAGAAAUUAGGUUUAACUGACCGGCAGCUGCAGAUGUGGUUUUGCCAUAGGAGGUUGAAGGAUAAGAAGGAAUCUGCAGGAAUGGCUGCAGCAAAUGCUCGCACCACUUCGUCGGUUGGGAGGAGGGAUUUAAUGGAGUCCCCUGGAAAUGAAAUGUUGGCAGCUGAGUCUGAUAGUGAACAUGGGUCUGGGUCUGGGUCUGGGUCAGGGUCAGGGUCAAGGUCAGGAUCAGACUCUGGUUCUCGUUCGGACUCUGGUUCUCGUUCAAAUCAGUUUGGUAAUGGAGAUGGUGUACCAAUGGUGCCAGUAAGGCAUUACGAGUCAUCUAGGACAAUCAUGGAGCGGAGGGUGAUAGCUUGUGUGGAGGCGCAGUUGGGAGAGCCAUUGAGGGAAGAUGGGCCAAUUCUUGGGAUGGAGUUUGAUGAACUGCCACCUGGUGCAUUUGGUUCACCUAUAGCAGUGCCAGCAGAGCAGCGGGACAGAUACAUACAAUCUUGUGCCAGCAAGUCUUACAGGCAAUAUGAUACCAAGCAAAUCAAAGCUGCAUCCAGUGGGCUUCUUGAAACUGCUGAGCCCAAGAUUAGGUCUGCCAUGCAUGGGCAUGUUGGCAUGUCUUACCUCUAUGAUUCACCUAUUGAUGGUCCUACUGCUAAAAGUUUGUCAUUGACACAUGGAAAUAAGUAUCUUCCCGAGGAAUAUAGUGUGGAAGGUCAGGUAUCAAGUGUCGAUAGACAUGGGCAAUUUUCCUCAUCUCCGAAGCCUGAUAACUUCAUCCCAUACAAUGACGAUAAUUUGCAUACCGAGAGGAAACGCAAGAGUGAUGAAGCUAAAAGUGGAAGGGAUGUUCAAGCUCAUGAAAAGAAGACACGCAAAGAACUUGAGAAACAUGAUGCACUAAGGCGAAAGAGGGAAGAGCAAAUAAGGAAGGAAAUGGAGAGGCAAGAUCGUGAAAGACGAAAGGAAGAGCAGAGGAUGAUGCGGGAACAGCAGAGGCAGGAGGAGAAGUUUCAGCGUGAGGAAAGGCGUGAAAUGGAACGGAGGGAGAAAUUUAUGCAAAAGGAGCUUUUGCGGGAAGAGAGGAAGAAACAGAAAGAAGAGCGUCGACGAGAGAAGGAAUCAGCAAGACAGAAAGCUGCGGCGGAGAGAGCUACAGCACGGAAAAUUGCUAAAGAGUCCAUGGAGCUAAUAGAAGAUGAGCGUCUAGAACUGAUGGAAUUGGCUGCUUCAAUGAAAGGAUUACCUUCAAUCAUAUCUCUUGAUUAUGAGACCAUGCAAAAUCUUGAGUCUUUCCGAGAAGGUUUGUGCCAAUUCCCUCCAAAGACUGUGAAAUUAAAGAAGCCGUUUGCUAUUCAACCCUGGAUUGAUUCAGAGGCGAACGUUGGGAACCUCCUAAUGGUUUGGAGAUUCUGCAUCACUUUUUCUGAUGUUCUUGGUCUUUGGCCUUUUACCCUUGAUGAGUUUGUCCAGUCUUUCCAUGACUACGAUUCAAGGCUUCUUGGUGAGAUACACAUUGCUCUUCUAAAACUAAUCAUAAAAGAUAUUGAAGAUGUUGUGAGAACACCGUCAGGUGGGCCUGGAACAAAUCAAUAUAGUGCUGUCAAUCCAGAAGGUGGACAUCCUCAUAUUGUUGAAGGGGCAUAUUUGUGGGGUUUCGACAUACGCAACUGGCUUAAGCACUUAAAUCCGUUGACAUGGCCUGAAAUCCUGCGGCAAUUUGCACUCUCUGCUGGAUUUGGGCCUCGGUUGAAAAAGAAGAGUCUUGAAAGGCGUUGCAUGAAUGAUAAUGAUGAGAUUAAAGGUUGUGUAGACAUAGUGUCCACUCUGCGAAAUGGUUCUGCAGCUGAGAAUGCAGUUGCAAUUAUGCAAGAAAAAGGAAUUGGCCUUCAGCGCAGAUCAAGACACCGGUUGACACCGGGUACUGUGAAAUUUGCUGCUUAUCACGUUCUUGCUCUUGAAGGAAGCAAGGGCUUAAAUGUUAUAGAGCUUGCAGACAAGAUUCAGAAAUCUGGGUUGCGUGACCUCUCAACAAGCAAAACUCCAGAGGCUUCUAUUUCUGUUGCAUUGUCAAGGGAUCCAAUACUGUUUGAAAGAAUAGCUCCUUCAACAUAUUGUGUACGGCCGGCUUUUAGAAAGGAUCCUGCAGAUGCUGAAUCAAUACUUGCUGCAGCCAGGGAGAAGAUACAAAGAUAUGCUAAUGGUUUUUUAGCUGGUCAAAAUGCUGAUGAGGAAGAAAGAGAUGAUGAUUCAGAGAGUGAUGUUGCUGAGGGUCCAGAAGGAGAUGGUUUAGCUACUUCAUUUGACGCAAACAAGAUCAAUGAAUGCAAUGAAGUUGGCUCCUUGUCAGGGAAUGGAAAAGACGAUAACCCAGAUGCUGCUGCUCUGCAAAAUGGAAUUGGCAUUGGAGCUGGUGAUCCUGACCAAGUAGGCAUGGAGAUCGAUGAAAGCAGAUCUGGUCAGCUCUGGGUUCCAGGAUUGACUGAAGGAGAAUAUUCUAAUCUCUCUGUUGAGGAGCGUCUCAGUACCCUUGUUUCCUUAAUUUGUAUUGCGAAUGAAGGGAACUCUAUCCGUGUAAUUCUUGAGGAUCGGCUGGAUGUGGCAAAUGCUCUUAAAAAGCAGAUGUUGGCAGAAGCACAACUAGAUAAAAGGCGCAUGAGAGAAGAGAUUGUAAGUAAGUUUUAUGAUUCUUCUUUUACUCCUGCAGCGGAUGGGGAUCAAAGUCCAUUGGUUACUGCACAAAAUAACAUGCAUGAUCCAUCAGUAACUACUGAUAAUUCAGCACAAGAUACUUCCAUGGUUCAGUUUGGUUUCCCAAUUCAGCAGAAUGGGUAUACGACAGAAAGGUCACGUUUGCAGCUGAAAUCUUAUAUUGGCCAUAGGGCAGAGGAGAUGUAUAUCUACCGUUCCUUGCCUCUGGGUCAAGAUAGAAGGCGCAAUCGAUAUUGGCAGUUUGUUGCUUCUGCUUCUAGCCAGGAUCCUGGGUCUGGCAGAAUCUUUGUUGAAUCACCUGAUGGCCAUUGGAGGCUUAUCGAUUCAAAGGAGGCAUUUGAUGCUCUUUUUAUGUCUUUGGAUACUCGUGGGACUAGAGAAUCUCAUUUGCAUAUAAUGUUGCAAAAGAUUGAGAUUUCCUUCAAGGAAUGCAUCGAAAGGAAUAAACAAUUGUCUAAUAUAUUGGAUCAAGGUGUAAAAAGUGGAAAUGAAGCUAUUGAAGGUAAUUCGAGCGUUGCUUGCAUUGCUGGUGCUGAGAGUCCCAGCAGUGCAGUUUGCAGUGCAAAUGCUGAUAAACUGGAACCAUCAUAUUCCUUUAAAAUUGAUAUUGGAAGGAAUGAAACAGAAAAAAGGAAUUCUUUAAGUAGAUACGAAGACCUCCAAAUUUGGAUGUGGAAAGAAUGCUUCAGUUCACAUAUUUUACGGGCCAUUGCACAUGGAAAGAAAAGGUGCUCGUCUCUGUUAGGAAUUUGUGAUAUCUGCUUCAGUACUUAUAAUUCUAAAGAGGACCUUUGCCCUUCUUGUCAUCGGACUUUUGGCAAAGUUGGUAGCUCAGGAAAUUUCUUGGAGCAAGUCAAUUGUGAAGAGAAACUGAAAAGUGGAAUCAACAUAGUCGUUUCAAACUCAUCUCCUUCACCGAGGAUCAGAUUGAUUAAAGUCCUGCUAUCUUUCCUUGAGGUCUCUGUUCCAUCCGAGGCUCUUAAAUCUUCUUGGACAGAAGAUUGUAGAUAUAGUUGGGGUUUAAAGCUACAAAAUUCUUCAUCCGCUGAGGAACUUCUACAGAUACUAACCCAGUUUGAGGAUGCCUUGAAGUGCGAUUUUCUAUCGACAGAUUUCGAGACAACGUCAGAAUUAUUGAGCUAUUGUGCUGCAUCAAGAGAUGCUGCUUGUGAAUCUACUUAUUCUGGUUCCAUCACUCAACUUCCUUGGAUUCCACAGACAACUGCCGCCGUGGCCCUGAGGGUCUUGGAGCUGGAUGCCUCUAUUUUUUAUGUUCCACAACAGAAGUCUGAGCUGCAUGACGGACAGACAGCGGAAGCUCUUCCAAAGACCACUUUCAGGUACUCUUGUACAAAGGAUACCACAAAGACUGAAAGUGCAGAAUUGGAUGAGCAUGGACCUGUGAAAGAGAGAAACUGGGGUCAACUGCGCGACAUUCCUGGCAGCUCUGGAAGUAGGCGAGUGGUAAGCAAGAGAGGAAGUGGCCGCCCACGUGGAAAAUCUCGGAAAAGGGUUUUUAGUUCAAUAUCACAACCCAGCAGGCGGAAUAUAAGACAAGGUGAGACAUUGGCUCAAGUUCUUAUGCAGCAUGGAGUAGGAACAGGUGGACAGAGGCAUGGGCGGGGUCGACGAACUGUUAGGAAAAGGAGAACAGAGAAGGUUGUUUUAGAGACACUGCCAGAUUACUUGGGUGACAAGGGCUCCCUUGAGAAUGUUGUGGAAGACCCAAGAAGUUGUGUCCGUGAGGAACUGGUGAAUUUUGACGCUAGAAAUAUUGAAAUUGACAACGAUGCCAGUAGUGACAGCUUGGAAGUUGGGGAUUUUGACGAUAAUGCCCAAGUGAACCCGUAUGAGUUUGAAAAAUGGGGUUCGAGUUAUGAUGUUCCUCAGGAGAUGGCAGAAAUGAGCGACGAGGAUGUAGACGAAAUUGAUGAUGAUAAUGAUUACGAGGAUGAAGAGGAUGGUGAAAAUUUGAAAGAACUGGAAAUUAACGAUAACUCAGAAGGGGACGUGAACAAGGACGAAGGCUCGGAUUCCAUAGUCUCCGGUGAUUAUAGUGAUUGAGGUCACAAAUUUUGGGUGACCAAUGACCAAAGGUACGUUUUAGUGUUAUAAUUCUAUAUUUUAUAUUCUUUGAGAUGUAGCUACUCAGGUGGCAGUGUUUUGUAAAAUUAUAGAGGAACAGAAUUAAUACUCCCACGUCCAUAAAGAUAGAUUUGUUUCCAUAUUUACACGGAUUAGGAAAACUUAUUUAUUAUAGUUGAAACUUUAAUUAUAUUUUUUUUUUCCCAAUA